AUGGCGAGUGUCUCCGAUACAGAAGACGGUUGGGCGACCCUUUACGAAAUAUCGGCCUCGUCUGACGACGAAUCUAGUGAGGAGGGUUUGGAACAAUCGACGUCAGACCUCCAGUCCAGAGUUGAUGCUCUGCUAGAAAAAAUGGACCUUCUACAACUCCAGAUCAGGCUCAAGAAUGGCUCCAUUCAAUCCUUGACGGGUCGUUUGGAGGUCUUGGAGACCGUCGACCGAAAGGUAGCACAGCUGCAGCCCGAUGUCUUCGCAAUGCAAGAUGCCUUUCAGGAUACAGAAAUUCAGAAUAAGGUGUGCAAAUCUUCCAUAAAUGUCUUGGCGGAUAUUGUGAAGAGUGUGGAGGACAACGCCAAGCGUCUUGAGCAGGGGAAUCCAGAUCGCAUCGGAAUCGAAGGAGAGAUUGCAGAAGUUCACUCCAGAUUGGAUGCUGCGCAAAUUGAUAAGAAGGGUCUACAGAGCCAAAUCAGGCUCAAUAAAGGCUCCGUAAGAUCCUUGGAGAGACGUUUGAAUGCCCUAGAGACGAAUCGUGUGGACGCCCUAGAGGCGAGCGUCGAGCGAGUCGAACGAGAGAACCAUGAGCUCUUCGAACGGGAAUAUGAUCGCAUCAGCGCUGCAGAGAGUGAUGUCAGGGCCCUCGGAGAGGCGACUUAUGAUCGUUACAGUCAGGCGAUAGAUCGUGUGACAUGCUUGGAGGCCAACGUUGAGCGCCUCGAACAAGAUGCCAAAGACCGCAUCGACGGUGGACUGGCGGUAGCAGAGUUUCAGUCCAAAGUUGAAGCUAUAGAAGAUGACAGGAAGCUGCUACAAAGCCAAAUUAGGCUCAACAAAGGCUCCAUGGUAUCCUUGGCGGGUCGUGUUAAAGGCCUAGAGUCCUCGGUCGAGCACCACAGAGAGGAGAAAAAUCGCGUGGACAGUUUGGAGUCUGAUAUGGAAGAUCUCAUUCAAGUGACUCUGCAGCGUGUCAAACGCGAGAAUAAAGCCCGUAUGGACAACCUUGAACUUCAAAAUCAGGCUCUCCAAGACGCUCUAGGCCAGGCCCAGAGGAUCAUUGAAGGGCUCCACAUUGGUAUACAGACUGCUCUUGGGCAAAUCAACACUGAUCUCAGCGGACUAAAGCAGAGGGUGGAAAUGUUGGAAAGUUCGAAACGGGACGGCGAUUCUGUGUAUACCAUCACCACGUCGAUGCAAGAGAACCGGUUUCGAAACCUGGAGGCGCGGGUGGAUGGGUUGCAGAGUAAUGGCUAUCCGCAUCCGAACAAUCAGUAUUUGAAUGUCCCGUACGGAACGGCUUAUUUUGUGCCAUCGUACGUGAAUAACUCUGUACGAAGAUGA